AUUAAUAAAUAAAAUUCGUAUGAAUAAAGUCACACGUUUUGAAAGAAGCUCGGUUUCCGGUGCAUCAGACAUCGGCAUUCCUGUUAGUUACUGGAAAGGAAAAGAAAGCCACGUACGAGGUUUCAAGCUCAUUGGCGCAUUUAAACACAAUCAACAACAGAUUAAUUGACAUUCGAUACUGUAUUCAGAUAAAACAAAAAGAAAGAGAGUCUACGGAAGUCUACAGUUUUCUUAGAAUACAAAUUUAUUAAUGGCGACUGAUGGCGACGUCUUAGUAGCCAAUGAUAGUUGGUUCACGUUGGAAUUAUUAAUAAGUUUAAUGGCGACGUCGUGAAGUGUUUUUAUUCCUAAUUAAACUUGGUGAUAGUUGCCGUUCGUCCAAUCAAUUUGUAAUUAUGUGAGGUUGUUUCGGAGCACUGCAAUAUCCUUGAUUGGGAAGUUAUUGCGAAAUCUUGUAGUAAUGCAAUGGCGCGUCCUAAGCAUAGAAUUAAUGUCGAUAUAUGCGCUGACUGUGGGGCCCUUGAACCAGGAUGGGCUUCUUUGAACAGAGCUGUUUUAUUAUGCGAUGAAUGUUGCAGUAUACACCGUAGUCUUGGACGUCAUAUAUCACAUAUAAAGUCUCUUCACAAAGGCAUUUGGAGCACAUAUUUGCUCUCUAUGGUGCGUACAUUAAAUGAUAAUGGAGCCAACAGUAUUUGGGAACAUUCCCUCUUAGAUCCUAGUAACUCAAAGAUAAGUAGAAGAAAACCACAGCCUAAAGAUCCUUUACAUCCUGUAAAGGCAGAGUUUAUUAAAGCUAAACAUCAGCAGUUAACGUUCGUAUUACGUCCUAGCAAAGAGGAAUUUUGUACUGAGGAGGAAUUGAGUAGACAGUUGCAUAGCAGUGUACGUACUGGCAAUUUGGAAACAUCACUUCGAUUACUGGCGCAAGGAGCCAACCCUAAUUAUUUUUAUAAGGAAAAGGGAACAACUCCUCUACAUGUUGCAGCUCGAGCAGGUCAAGCUCUUCAGUUAGAACUUCUAAUAGCUAAUGGUGGAAAUCCAAGUAUGAUUGACACAAAUGGACAGACACCUGCUGAGAUUGCAAAGAUGGCAGGACAUUUAGAUUUAUCUGAACGUUUGAUCGAAUGUAUGUAUGAAGUAACAGAUAGAUUAACAUACUAUGUAUGUUCUCGAAAACCUGAUCAUCGUACCGGUGAGCAUUUAAUUAUUCCUGAUUGGGCUGCAACAUUAGAGAGAAGUGAACUGGCAUUUGAGGCUCGAAACAAAUUGCAAAUGCUACCCAAUCAUUUAUUAGAAGAACUAGCAAUGGACGUUUAUGACGAGGUAGAUCGAAGAGAAACUGAAGCUGUUUGGUUAUCCACAUCAUCACUCCUGGAGCGAUGCACGGUACCAUUUUUACCAGUGAAUCCCCAAUUAUCUUCAACGAGGAAUCAAGGUAGACAAAAAUUGGCAAGAUUCACGCCAAAAGAGUUUGCUACUCUUAUCAUAGAUCUUUUGACAGAAGCAAGACAAAGGCACAUCUUAGCAAAUAGUGCACCGCUACAAGAUCCAGCAAUAUCCAUGUUACGCAAGGAGCAAAUACUGGGAAAACAUGGUUCACAAAUGUCUGAUGACGAACCAUUGUAUGACAGCGUGGCGUCUGACGAUGAUUAUGCAACCAUGACAACAGAUAACGUGUCUGCUCAACUAUCAUCAGAAUUGAAAUUAGAUGAUGAGAAAGCAUUUGCUCCAAUGGCCAAGGGUCUCCCAUCUGUCGUCGAAGUUUUGAAAAGACAGUUGACACUUUCCGAAUCAACGAUAAAGGAAUUGCGGGAUGAAAUUCGUACGCUUCAGGCUACAGUGGAGCGGCUUACUCAAGAAAAUUGUGAACUAAGAAGCAUGACUCAGAUUCCAAGAAAGAGUCAAAUUACGACUGAUGGAGAAAUAAAUGGCCAUGUCACUGGAGAGCAGGAACCCGAAUUGGAACCUGUGUUGGAUAUUAAAUCGUCUCUAGGAAGAAAUCAAAGGCCAGCGUCGAUGUACGAGACAAGGGAAGGUCUACGUAAACCAUCUUCCUGGUCAGCCAUUGGUCAGGCAAAACGUGAAACAGAAGCACACUCCAGACCUAAUACUACCCAAAGUCUUUGGGAAUACGGUGCACCGAAUCUUCCGCCAAGCGAGGAAGUUACCAGACGAACAGAACAAGUUACAAGACGUAUACAAGAAUUGUGGAUGGCUAUGCAAGAUCCCAGUCGCAGAGAAGCUUUCGUACCAUGUGCAGAAAGGAUUCGCGUAGCAGUUGCCGAGCUGACAGCCAUUUUUCCUCAGAAUCCAAUUGACGAGAAUAUCAGAUCUGCUUUGCGCCAACUAAACGGUAACACUGGAAGACUGCAGGCUGAGUGCGCUGGUCUUCAACGAUGCACCAGCGAUACUGAUCACAUGGACAGAUGUCUUCAACAAGUACGCUCAUGUGCAUAUGAUAUUGCCAAAGCCACAAAACUUCUCGUCACUCAAUUCCAGACGACCUAAUGACAUAAAUGGCGUAGCUAUUGUAUUUAGGAAGACCCUAAGGAUUAUUACGGUAUGUGUAAAUAUCUGUAUAUUUUCCUAGAGGCUCGGGAUCGGAGAUUGAGAUUUUUUCCUUCUAAAAAGCAUCGUUGUCCUUCGGGAAGGUAAAAAUAUCAGUAGCAAUCGACUAUUUACGUUUAUUAUUAUUUGAUCGAUAUGCAAGUCUUAAUCUGGGUUUGGCUUUAUAUUGUACGUCGGAAAAGAAUAUGAAAUUCCGACAAGUAGUAAGCUGCUCUUCAUUCAUAUUUUAACAUGACAUUAGAAAAAGAUGCGCAUUACUUCACUUCCCCAAAAUACGAUAAAGACUGAAUAGCCAUAUAUAUCAACGACUGCUCUACUAUGAAUAAGCGGUUUAGGUAUGACACGUCAUUGUAAUGCGUGUUGUGCGUUAUAAUGUUUCAUUAGCCAGAAUUGAUUUCUAUAUGUAUCAAGAUUUUUGUAGUUGUUUAGAUUGAAAUUAAUCUUUCAAUUAAACCUAUUAUCGUACACAGAGCUUUUCGAAAUUUUUCGAAAAUAAUUGUUGCGCGUUAACUGCAAGUAUUUUGCUAGGUUUUAUCGAAUCUUUAAUCGAAAUGUUAAUUGCUUGUUAAAUGUGACAAGACCUGAAUUAUAUUACACUAAAUGCUACGUCACAUUGCAUGGCUCAAUUAUAAUGUAUUUUUUAAUAUAUCUAUCUCUUCGGCAAGUAAGUAAAUUCAUGAGAAUCCGUAAAAAUUAUUGUUUAUUAUAUCGAGUGCAAUAUGAGUAUUUGUCAUACAAGACAAUUCGUCAUCGAUUUCAUUCUUUAAAAUUAUAUUAACACUCGUUAUCUUUUUAUACAUGGAGACUUUUAAUAUUCAAUGAACUUCUUAGCUGUGGAUUUAACUAAAUUCUUUUCAGCUUUUUGAUGCAAUGAUAUUUUCUGUGUCAGAAAGGUUUUACUAUUCUGGAUAUUAUUGGAUGAAUAAAUCCAAGAAUUCUUUGGUGCUCGAUGAAUGUUCGCAAACAAAUUAGUUUAGGCUCCCAACUGACCUAUUUCAUUAAUGAGGAGUCCUCCAUUCUAAUGAAAAAACAACAAAAUGUUAAUUUACCGGUUGUCUGUAAAUUGUAAUUUCCGGACGCGUUAAAAUAUAUAUUAUUUAGAGCGUUAGUAUUUUAACGAUUAUUGUUAAAUGUAAUUAUAUUAAUUUUAUCAAGAAAAAUUUAACGAAUGCAUACUUACUUUUGGACUAUACUCCUAUAUCGUAUUCAUUGUAAGUAUUUACCAUGUGUAAAGUUAUAUAAUGUUUAUAUUCAUUGAAGUUUUAAAUCAGAUAAAUUAUAUAAAUAUAUUGGGUAUUAUUAACAAUCAUACACAUUCAACUUCAUUUCAUGCUACAUUCAUUAUUCUUUGAUUAGUAUGAAACUAAAUUGUGAAAUAUGAAAACACCCGAAUCUCUACAUUUCUAUCUGAUGUUACAGAAUUCAGUUGUUUCAAUAUCUCAUCUGAUGUCACGCUUGACGGAUCUAUAUUACUAUAGAGAAUUUUGAAAAAUAAUUUUUAUUAGCAGUACCGUUUUAGUGCUCUGCAAAAAGUACAUUUUUUGUGCUGAAAAUUAUGGCAGCCAGGGAAAUAAUAAAAGAGGUUCCACAAUUGA